GUACACCCCAGACAUCUGGGGCCCGCUGUUGUUCCCGGCUCGCGCCGCAGCCUCGGCCACCGCCCCCGCCCCGACAGUCGGUCUGUCUGUCGGUCCGGAAGGGAAGCAGAGAGGAAGGGGAGCGGGGGAGCGGUCGGCGCCGCCGCCGCCGCGUCAGUCCCCCAAGCUCUGCCGCUGCGGCAGGUGCCCAAGCCGCGCGCUGCCCGAUGCCCUGCAGGGAGGCAGGAGCAGCCGCAGCCCCGUGAGCAGCCGAGCCGCCGCCCGCUCCGCCAGCACUCCUGUCGCCAUGGGGGACGGCGCCGGGGAGGACAUGAACUCCAACCUCUCGUGUGCCCCCUAUCUCACCGGGGACCCGCAGCUGGACACCGCUGUUUGCCAGUGGCUCCGCUGGGACAAGAAUCCCAAGACAAAAGAACAAAUUGAAAAUCUAUUACGAAAUGGAAUGAACAAGGAACUAAGAGAUCGUCUUUGCUGCAGGAUGACUUUUGGCACUGCUGGGCUUCGUUCUGCCAUGGGAGCAGGAUUUUGCUAUAUUAAUGAUCUUACAGUAAUACAGUCAACACAGGGGAUGUACAAAUACCUUGAGAGAUGUUUUUCAGACUUAAAGCAGAGAGGCUUUGUUGUCGGCUAUGACACCAGGGGCCAGGUAACCAGCAGCUGUAGCAGUCAGAGACUUGCAAAAUUAACUGCUGCAGUUUUGCUGUCCAAAGGAGUGCCUGUGUAUUUGUUCUCAAGAUAUGUUCCUACACCUUUUGUGCCCUAUGCUGUUCAAGAACUGAAAGCAGUUGCAGGUGUAAUGAUUACUGCUUCCCAUAACCGUAAGGAAGACAAUGGAUACAAGGUAUAUUGGGAAACAGGUGCUCAGAUUACAUCUCCUCAUGAUAAAGAGAUCCUGAAAUGUAUAGAAGAAAGUGUUGAGCCCUGGAUUGAUUCCUGGAAUGAAAAUCUAGUGGAUACCAGCCCCCUGAAGCAAGAUCCUCUGCAGGAUAUUUGUACACGUUACAUGGAAGAUCUGAAGAAGAUCUGUUUUCACAGAGAGCUGAACUUACAGACAAAGUUAAAAUUUGUCCAUACGUCAUUUCAUGGAGUUGGUCAUGAUUAUGUGCAAUUGGCUUUUAAAGUGUUUGGAUUUAAGCCUCCAAUUCCAGUACCAGAGCAACAGGAUCCAGAUCCAAACUUUUCUACUGUUAAAUGCCCAAAUCCUGAAGAAGGAGAAUCUGUUCUGGAGUUAUCUCUGAGAUUGGCUGAGAAGGAAAAUGCCAGAGUAGUGGUAGCCACGGAUCCUGAUGCAGACAGACUGGCAGUAGCCGAACUACAGGAGGAUGGCCGUUGGAAAGUUUUCACAGGCAAUGAGUUAGCAGCGUUGUUUGGGUGGUGGAUGUUUGAUUGCUGGAAGGAAAAUAAGUCACAGAAUGCUGAUGUGAAGAACGUUUACAUGUUAGCCACUACAGUCUCCUCCAAAAUUUUGAAGGCAAUUGCACAUAAAGAAGGAUUUCAGUUUGAAGAAACAUUACCAGGUUUUAAAUGGAUUGGAAGUAGAAUAAAAGAACUCAUAGAAAAUGGAAAGGAAGUUCUUUUUGCAUUUGAAGAGUCCAUUGGAUUUCUGUGUGGUACUUUUGUUUUGGAUAAAGAUGGAGUGAGUGCAGCUGCUGUUGUUGCUGAAAUGGCAGCUUACCUAGAAACCAAAAAUCUGACGUUGGCACAACAACUUACUAAAGUUUAUGAAAGGUAUGGAUAUCAUAUUUCAAAGACAUCCUAUUUUUUGUGUUAUGAUCCACCGACAAUUAAAAAGAUAUUUGAAAGACUUCGCAAUUUUCAUUCUCCAAAAGAAUAUCCAAAAUAUUGUGGGACAUUUGACAUAUUGCACAUAAGGGAUAUUACCACUGGAUAUGAUAGUAGCCAGCUUAAUCAGAAAUCGGUACUGCCUGUGAGUAAAAAUAGCCAAAUGAUUACAUUUACCUUUCAAAAUGGUUGUGUGGCUACACUACGGACAAGUGGAACUGAACCAAAGAUAAAGUAUUAUGCCGAGAUGUGUGCAUCCCCUGACCAGAGUGAUAUUACCUUAUUGGAAGAAGAACUAAAGAAACUCAUUGACGCUCUGAUUGAGAAUUUUCUGGAGCCCAGUAAGAAUGGACUGAUCUGGCGAUCUGCUUAGAUAUCUUCUAAGCAGUUGCCCUACAAAUGGCUCUUUGCACUGUCAUGUGGAACAAAAGAUCCAAGACCUACAUCUAACCUUGUUUCUUGUGUACAUUUGUCUAUUUCAAAACGUACUCCUUUAAGAUCUAUAAUGAAGCAGGAUCUUUUUUGUCACCUGAUUUAACCAAGUUGGAUAAGCUUGAAAGAGACUUAAAUUUGAAAAGAAAUGAAGUAAUUGAGAUUUUUAGUUAUUUUGACCAAAAGUCACAUACACUGAGCAUUUAAAAUAUGCUCUCUAGUCUUCGACUUGAAGAGCUCUGAAAGAGGUCAUAGAGGAGUGAAUUUUCCUCUUGUAAUUUGAUUAGGUUUAUUUCUUUUGUGUCGUCCAUAUCUAGUACAGUUCAGAUAAAAAUUUAUUAAAUGUUCCAAAUAUUGUUCGUGGUUGUCAAGUUAUUUAGGAGAAUAAAGCAUUAUGUUGGUGAAAAUAAAGCUCAGCUUCUUCAGUACCCCUCUGGCACAGUUAGGGGUUUUCCUUUACAUGUAUGUUAUGGUAGAGUAGUUAGAAUUUCUAGAUUAGGAUAAGAUGGUGUUACAGCAUACGGUUUUAGCACCUUUAUUUCAGGUGCUCUUCAUCACUUGUAUUUUUCCCAUGUGUAUCUUAAAAAUAUUGAUGUUUAUUGAAAAAUAGUGCAACUCUCUUGGGAAGCUUUGUUUUUGACAAAUCUCUCAGUGCCUUCCAAGGGCUUUGGUGUGAGCUGAGAUAAUAUCCCUACAGGUUGUAGUUCUAUUUUCUCUCCUAAGCAGGGGCCAUUGAACAUGAAAGUGCAGAUUCAGAGACACAGACAGAGAAAGGUGUCAAUGCCUUGCCUUUUUUUUUUUUUUUAAUCCUUUAGAUGGCAAAGGUGCUUGACCUACUUUGUCAAAUCCCUAGGAUGUUUUAAAAAUAUUCCAUAAGACCUUCAUAACAAGCAAGUCUUAAAUCAUAAACUACUAUUCUUUGGGAAACAUGUUAAAAUUCAGUGUUAUUCUUGUAAGGAAGAUUAUGAUAGAGAGAGAGAUGAAACUCCAAAUUUCAAUUAAAAAUAAAUUUAUUUUACUUAAGAACCAGAUCUUCAAGCAGAUUUAUCUGCUAUAUAAACUUAAUUCUAUUAAUGGUGUUUUUGGGUAGGAUAUUAAUUUAUUAUAGCUUCCUUGAACUUUACUUGUUUUUCAAAAUUGUUUAAAAAUUCAGUGUGGAGAAAGUUGUCCUAAUUCAGACCAAUCAUUACUUAAAUAUUUUAUUUCAUCCCUUUUUUAUUUUAACACUACUAUUCUGCCAUGAACAAAAUUGAAAGUAAUUUUUGAACUUCAUAUCCUCUUCAUAAUCACCUCUUAAAGGUUUUACAGACAUAAACAGUGGCCUGACUAGGGCACCCCAAUCUAUUUCUAACUUAGUUUUCAACUAUAGAUAAAGAGAGAUCUUUAGUCUUCAAUGGUUACUUGAAAAUAAGUCACUACUCUGUCAUCGUGUUCAAGUUUUCCUCCUAUUUAGUUUCAGUAUUUAAAUACCAAAUAGUGUGGAAAUAUCAUAUAUUACAAAGUAAUUUUAAAAGCUGACAUUGAGGUUUUAAAACUGAACCAAAUACAGAUUAGUGAAUUAUUAUGAAACUAUAUUGCUGGACAGUAAUAAAAAAUUCUUUAAGCAUUUACUUAAGAAUAAGGUUGAUUUCUCCAGCUUCUCUGAUCAGGAGACAAUUUGCUUUCAUUCCAUAAAGCUCUAUUUAAUUGAGCUCAGUUAACAUUUAAAAACUGUUUUGCCACCACUGUAAAAAGUUGUCCAUUUGUUUUCCCCUAACCUCUCCCCAACCUUGUCCUUGAAGCUAAAUCAUGGAUGACUUGUAUAAAGGCAAGUAACCAGAUAUAAAUAGAAUCACAUUUUUUGCAUAUAAAUCAUGUUGACAAAGGCUUUGCACUAAAUAUGAAAAAACUAGCAAAUUUUCAUUUGGCUUUAUGAAUGUAUAUUGUAAUAUACAAGAUUGUUGCACAGGAACCCAUAUGAUCAAUAUUUUUUUGGUAGUAAAAAUCUGUUUUAAGUGUCUGGAAAGUAGAAUGAAGCUAAAAAAAGGGGGGGGGGGGUUGUUUCCUUCAAUCAUUAAAGCCACAUAAUAUAUUUCAUUCUGAUAUGAAGAAUUUUAUUUGGCCACUUCACAAACAUACAACAUUGAAUUCAAGAUGAAACAUUGAAUUACUCAGAUUAUUAUUUCCAGAAUUGAAUACUUUCAAUUUUUAAAAUUUAUCUUGUUAAUUAAGACCUGUUAUUUUUAUGUAUAUGGGGAAUCUCUUGAUGAGGAAAUUCCCCCCAUGAAUAACCAAUAUUGCACAUAUGGCUUUGUCUUAGAAUAUCCCUUAGGUAGAUAUUAAGAUGUUAAGUGACUUGCUCCUGAUCACUUUGCUAAUUUUGUCAGAGGCAGGACUUCAUCAGGUCUUCCAAACUAGCAUACUAUGCUGCCUCCAAAUUUAUUUAACUUACACGAAUCUUUCAAAAUGUUCUCAGACAAUAUGGAUUCAAGUGUAACAAAGAAGAAAAGAGAAGAACACCAUGAUUACCAGCUUCCUAUAUUUGGAGAUUAUCAUUUAAAAUAGCAAUUAUAUAUGUUCAUGUGGACUUAGGCAAGAAUGAGGACCAGUAUCUGGAGUUUACAAUGAGGUAGAAUUUGACCUAAUAUAAGAAAGAAUUUCCUAACAGUUUUAUCUGUCAGUAAUGCAGUGUUGUGCCCUUGAAGUUAGUGAGUUUCCCAUCACUAAUGAUGUUUAUGUAGAGGUUGGAUGCUCCCUUGUUCUAGGAGAGAUGGAUAGGUCAAAUCUGAGGUAACAUCUGAAUUUCUGGGGUCCUAAGGUUUGUAUGUAGAUGUACAGUGGGCUAAAGAAUCAGAUUUAAAUAGUGUUUGACCUAGGACUUAGGCAUGUAUUUAACAUUUUCUCUUACAGCACCGAAGAUAGGAUAGGGAUAGAUUUGUAUUAAUUUGUGGAAGACAUAACAUUUUGAGACUUCCUAGAAACUUGGGAAGGAGAAUCUGAGUUGGGAGACAUAUUUUUAAAUUAAAAAAUAUUAUUUGGAAAAGUUACCAGAAAGGAAUAUGAGAAAGGCCAGUAUAGAGAAGGGUGUAUAUUUGUAGAAGAAAAGUAAGUAGUCAAUAACACACAUACAUAAAAAGGUGAAAGUAACAGAACACGGUAAUAUUAAUUUAAAUGUAGACCAAACAUUUUUGACAGGGAGAAGAUUGUGUAAAUCUAUGUACAUUAUAAGUAUUCGCAUACCAAAAAAUCCUUCAAUAAGAAGUCACACUCAUAGUUCAAGCCAGAUUUGUAAGGGAAAGUCCAGAUUAUAUUGAGGCCAUCACAGUAAUGGAAGGAAUUUGAAUAGUAAUAGAGAAUCUGAAGUGGAAAGGAUUUCCAAUGGCCUCUAGUUCAACAUGUAUCUGAAAAAUCUUUUUUCAACUUUCUUGACAAGUGACCAUCUAGCCCAGGACUUUUUAAACCUCUUGUGUCCUUUACUCCUUUGGCAUCCUGGUAAAGCAUUAUGGAAAACAUCUCAGAAUGAUGUUUUUAAAUGCAUAAAAUAAAAUAUAUUCACUUCUAAAGGAUAUCAGUUAUACUGAAAUACAACCUAUUUUUAAAUAUGUAUAUUAUAUUUUGUACUAAAUUCAUGGCUCUUAAAUUAAGAGGCUCUGACUUAGGUCCCUCAUCAUUAGAAAUGUCUAGGGCUGUCUUAAUUUACAUUUGCUUUAUAGUUUACCAACUAUUUUGCUCACAGCAACUUUGUGACAGUAAUUUAUCUCCACUUCUAAAAUGAAAAAACUUGACAAGAGGGUAAUGUGACUUGCCCUAGAGUUAUAAUGGAGAAACUGCUUUAAAAAGCUAAUAUCAGUAGAUAAAGGGAAGAGGAUGGGAGAGAAUUCCUUUCUUGUACUUGGUGGACUUGAUAUUAUGUCAGGCUCCAUUCACAUACCACAACAAAAUAAAGAACUUUGAGGGGAUGAUGUAUGUAAUUAAGAAAUUAAAUGAACUCAGAAUUAAGACCUAUGAGAAAAGGUUAGAGGAUCCCAAUCCUCCAACCUCAGAGAGGUUUGAAAGAUAGUUUAGUUGAUCCUCAAAAGGAAAAGCAAUUCAAAUGGAGAAAGAUGACUAAUAGCUGUUGUUCUCCCAUUUCCAUUGAACAGCUUUAGCAAACAAGGCAAUGGAAAAGUGGCAAGAGAGUAUAUGACUUGGGCAAAUCACUUUCCUUCCUUUCUCUAGUCUGAUAUUUUUAAAAAGGGAUUUGGAUUAGAUAAUUUUCAUUCCUAGGAGUCUGAGUUAAGGUCUGAGAAGUUUAAAGUUAAGAUAGAAAAACUUCCUAAGAAGAAUUGUUAAACAUUUAGAAUAUGUGAAGAGAAUAUAGUAGAUGGAUUCCUGAAGGCUUUAAAAAGCAAGCCACAUUUUCUUCUGAUAGAGAUUUCCUGGAGACAGGAAUGUGGAUUUCAUAUACUGACUUCUUAUAAUUCCUUCAGGCAUUCAUUUUUGUUGAGUUUAAACAAAGAUGUAAGAUUCAUUUGGAAUCUAGAAGAAGAUAAUAUUGCAAAUAUUUUCCUAGAUUUGAGUAAGAAAGACAGCAACAAGUACAAUAAAGAUAUUCUUAGAUUUCACUUUUCAUUCAUUCUACCAUAAUGGCCUAAAUUCUGUCUUCUCCAUUUCAAGGAGUGCCCAGAGCUUUUUGUUCUGUAUGUUCGUUUUUACACAUAAAAUAUUUACCAUAAAGAUGUAGGAACUUUGGCAAAUUGGAGACUUGGGGAUAUGUUAUUGUGUGAAAUAGACCUUUGUUUCUUAAGGAGAUAAUAUGUAUUUCUGGAAUAUGUCAGUGAUCAAUGAAACAACAGCAUUUUUAGCUUGGAGGACAUAAUUUUGAAAUGAAUUGCUCUGUGAAGUGCUACUAGCAAUAUUUGCUACAAGUGUUUUCUAUUUGUGUUGAUAAUGCUUAAAACAUCCAUAUGAUUCCAUUUGGUAAAAUUUUGGAUUCCAUUUUGCCCUUUUCUAGCUCCUUCCACUCCUCCCUUCCCCCCCAUUGUUUUGUGACUGUGAAAAGCUAUCAUCCUGUUACCUUAAUAAGAGAGUUCGUUUGAGGACUGUUUGUUUUGUAACCACCAAAAAAACAAACAAAAAAACAUGGGGACAAAAAUUUGAAUCUGUUCAAAACUUAUAUGGGUUUGUCUGAGUUCUAUUAAAUUAUUAUGAAUUUUUUGAAAUUCAUGUUUUUGGAGAUGGUUUUGAGAAGUGGAUGGGGAAACAAUAGUUUUCACCCAGACUAAUGAUUAUUUGAAGAUUUGAUUUUAAUGAGUUAUUUUUUUUUUCACUGCUGUUCAUUUACAGGUUUUGAAAGAUUCAUGAGAAACCUUUGUUCUUUGUCUCAAAGUUUUAGCUAGGGGGAAAAAAAACAAGUCAGAGAAUUGUUCAUCUGCCUAUCUAAACAGCACAGUUAUACUCACAACUCCUAUCUAUCUUAGUUUUCGAAAAAUAAUAUUUACUUCAAGUCACCACUCAGUUAUCUUGCUCAGCAAGCUUUCCUCUUCCUUCUAGUUUUAUUACUAGAAUACAGGGUGAUAUAAAGGAAAAGCAUUGAACUGUGAGCCUCAGAGCAUGGCUUCUUGUUUUGCCUCUAACUUGCAAUGUCACCAGAUCAAGUCUCUUCAACUCUUCGGCCUCUCUUUCCCCAUCUGUAAGUGAGAGUUGCAGGGGGCAAUUAAAUUCUUAAGGAACCCUCCUAGUUAUGUUACCAACAUCACCAUGGCCUUUAGGUUCCCCAUCAGAAACACACACACACACACACACACACACACACACACACACUGCCUUCUCAGAUCCAUGGAUUUUUAGGUAUGGAUUGGGCCUACUUAACAGUAGUUUAAUAAAGAUAUCAGCUAAUUGCUUUCCUACUCCUAUAGCAUUACUUAACUGAUCCUAAUAACACUUUAGAAAUUAAGAGUAAAAAGGAUAUUCUUUGCCAAAUUUAUUCAAAUAUUUCCCAAGCACCCACCCAUAUUUCUACAUUCAGUUUCAUUUUUUUUGUGCAGAGAAUCGAGUAUUCCUAUCAAUGAAAGGUAAGUAGAACAAGAAUUAUCAUCCCUGUUUUUUUUUUUUUAAAGAAUUGAAGAUUAGAGAAAUAAAAUAAAACUUAGAAAUAAUUUCUAAAGGCUUAAAGAAAUAAAAUUGGUCACAGUCAGACAGCCAAUGUUAAGUUUCAGAGCCAAGAGCCCUGGUUUGUAGGCUCCCAGUCCUUCCAUUAUACCAUGCUGCCUUUCCAUUCCUAUUUGGAUGAUGGCACAUUGUCUUUAAUGCCUACAAUAUGACACUCUAAUAAUUAAAUGGCUUAUAUUUAUAUAGUGCUUUGUCGUUUACAAAGUAUUUUAUACACAUGAUCUUUUAUUAUCUCAAUAACCUGUGAAAGAGGCAGGACAAAUAUCUUCAGUUUGCACAUGAAGAAACAGACUCAAGACAGAUAAACUGCUAGCUGGAUAAUCUUGGUUAAGUACUAGAAGAGGGUCUUGGUUCUUUGACUCUUACAUCCAAGGUUUUUCCACUGUAACACCUCCUACCUCCCAGUUCCAGCAGCAUUUAGGAGAGAGUUUUGUCUCUGUGGAAAUGAAUGAUCUCAAGCUUAGCUUCAAAGUUCUACAUAUACCCAAAGUAUCAUCUGAGAACCCCACUCAAAGGCUGAGAGAGAAGAGUAUGAAUGUAGUUGUUGGGUUUAAAAAUGUCUUGGUGACCAGAGAAAAAUGACUUGUCUAGAUCUGCAUAAUGUUCAAAGACCUCUUCCUGAGGAAAUUGUAGUGGAAAAACAUUAGACCAGGCAUCAAGAUACCUGGGUUCUAGUUCUUUGUUUUAUGACCUUGGACAAAUUAGUUCUCACUUCUGGGACUCAGUUUCUGCUUCUAUAAAAUGAGAGAACUGGACUGGGUGAUCUCAAAGUCCAUUUCAUUGCCAACAUAUUCAGUAAGAGGUAUCUUAACACUCCUGCAAUCUACAUUGUAAGGUUGAAAAAGUGAAGGAUCAAUUACUAAUGGAAUUACAGAAUUAAUUCCAUAAGGAAUUUCCUUCUUAAGUCUGCUAGCAUACCCUCCCAGGGGAGUCAAAGCUUAUUUGAAUCUCAUGUAUCUUUAACCUCAUUAUAGAAAGAGAUGUAUCUGAAGAAAUGUGUUCAAUGUGACAGAGGUGAAGGGUGGGUAAUGUUUACAGCACCCUGACAGUUCUUCCAGACAUAACCGCAUGCCCCCUUGCUUUAUUCUGUUGAAGGCUGGGGGAAUUACAAGCUCUGUUAUAAAUGAAGUGUUGUUUUCCUUUAUUAGAUGUGUGACAAUAAAAAUUUUCACCCUGGGGUCUGAAAGUAGAAUUGUGACUUUGUUUAAGCUACCAUAACUCCAUCAGGUCAAUAUCUUCCUUGUUGCAGAUGAUUUUCCUAUUGUGAGACCAGGGUGUGUUAUGGAUAUUGCUUGUGAAACUUUGCACUUUUUCCUAAGCAUUUGUGUAUGGAUUAUUUUCGUGGUUUUAGCUGAAUAAAGUGUUGUUAGUAAUAAACUUGUUCUCUUCAUAGUAAAUUUCCA